AUGAAAUACUGUGCUAAAUAUGGUAAAAUAGAUGUUCUAAACUACUUACUAACACUACCAUUCAAUGGUUGGGACUUUGAAGUAGCAUUGGUUCGAUCACCAGCUGGUCAGUGUUUCCAAGUAUUCGAAUUCCUUGCCAAUAAAGUAUUGAACAAAAGAAACACAAUUCCAUUCCCACCACAUAUAAUAGAACUAUUUUCAAGAGUUUUAAAGAAUGCUGGUAAAGCAGGACGUAUUGAUAUGAUAGAAUGGAUACUGGAGAGAGUUGACUUGGAAUUGAAUGUUGUUUUCGAUCAAAAUGGUAUACAUCAUGUUUUGAUGGGUGGUCAUGUCUGCGUGGCAGAGUGGUUGGUCAGUCAGAAUAUCGAUCUUUUCAGACUGGGUGGAGUAGAUACUUUAUUUCAUGCAGUGUCAUCCCGAAAUCUGGGAUUGAUUAAAUGGUUACAUAACAAUAAUAUCGACAACAUAGUUAUUAGUUCAACCUCUUCAAUGGAUAUGGCAGCCACUCUUGAUGAGUUAGAGAUUGUUCAAUUUUUACAUUACAAUCGAAGUGAAGGUUGCACAACACGCGCAUUUGACUUGGCUUGUAGAGAAGGUCAUUUCCGAACUGUACAAUGGUUACAUUAUAAUCGUACAGAAGGAUGCUCCACCAACGCUAUAGAUUUAUCGCCAAAACAUGGUUUAGGAAUCGUGCAAUGGCUCCAUGAAAAUCGAACGGAAGGUUGUUCUAUGCUUGCGAUUGAUAACGCAGUUUUAAGUAAUCGACAGGAUGUACUUGAGUUUUUGUUGGCCAAUAGAAAGGAGUUUAGCAAUAUAAGGAAUGAUAGUCAACUGCAACAGGGAUUAAAGAAUAAAAUCUAUAUAGCAAUGUGGUUUGGUUUUAUAGAGUUGAUGGACUAUUUCUAUCGGACACAAACCUAUAGUAUUCAAGAGAUUCGAGAGCAUUUCAAUAGAGCAAUAACAUGUGGAUACGAUCAUUCAAUGCCAUAUAUGCUUAGGAAACAUUUAGAACUAUUUAUUAAAGAUAGGGACAAACAUAAAGAUACGAAAAACAUUAAUGACAAUGAGUACCUUUCAUUUUCAUUCAUAGUCAAACUAUUACUGUCGUCAACGUCAUCGUCAACAUCCUCUGAAUCAAAUAUCAUGUCAAAUAUUGCCAUUGUUGAUCCACCCAUUGAAGAACUUGAGAAACUAUCGGUUGUCACCGAUCAAGAGUCGCAAGAUCAACUCAACAUUGAGAAGAUCUACAAUUUCUGGUUCGGUACAACCAGUUCGACCUGGUCGAAAAAGUAUGCUCCCAAAGUCAAGUUGUGGUUCGGACGUCGUCAGAAUCUCGACCUCGUAAUCAAGCGCAACUAUGAGCAUCUCGUCUUGGAAGCUGCCAAGUCGCGUGAACCCGGCUCGCUCUACGACCGCUGGAUGAAGAGUCCGCGUGGUCGUAUCGCACUGCUCAUUCUCUUUGACCAGUUCCCGAGAAACAUCUACCGUGGCACUGCCGGAAUGUUCCAAUUCGACGCGCUCGCUCUCGAGAUUGCCUAUCAGAUCAUUGGCAACGCCGACUACAAGUCGAUUCACUCGCUUCCCGAGCGUAUCUUUGUGUACUUCCCGUUGGAGCAUUCAGAGGUGUUGACAGACGUAGAGAAAUCCGUUGAACUCAUUUCGGAUCUCGCUGGACAGACCAUCUACCCACUGCAACGCAAACAGUUCCUAAAGUUUGCGAAAUCCGCUGCCGAUCACUUCAAGACACUCAGUCAAUUCGGUCGUUAUCCACAUCGAAAUUUCCUGUUGGAUCGUCAAUCCACCGACGAGGAACAAGAGUAUCUGAAAAACAUUAAAUUCAACUAUGUCAAAUCCGUUGAAUCUCUCGAUACCAUUCACCAUGAGAAUCAACUAAAGAAACAGUCAAAGAAAAAGACAUUAGUAGAUACAAUCAUUAUGAAUCCUCAGAUCGCCAGUAAACCAAAGAUGAAACUUGUUUUAUUACAUAGUUUCAGACAGAAUGGAUCAAUUUUGAAAAGAGCAACUACAAAGUUGGCAGCUGCAGUUAGUGACUUUGCUACUAUCCACUAUGCCAAUGCACCGUUGCCCUAUAACCCAUCGGGUGAGAUGAGAAAUGCAUUGAUGAAUGCAUUCGGUGAUUUGCAGACAUCGGCUACUCAGCAUCAACGUCAGUGGUGGAAUUCCACAAAGGACAACAAGACCUAUCAACACUUGGAUGCCUCCAUUCACUACAUGGCACAGUUGUUCAAGAACGAAGGUCCUUUCGAUGGUAUCAUUGGUUUCUCACAGGGUGCCGCCUUCACCGGUAUCUUGGCGGCAAUGCAGGAGCACAGCCAACUGCCAUUCCAAUUCAAGUUUGCUGUGUUGAUCUCUGGUUUUCCAUCACGUGCCGAACAACACGAGAAGAUCAUGCUCAAGGAUUCCAUUCGAUUGCCCACUCUCACCAUUGUCGGAACUGCCGAUGAAUUGGUAGACAACGAACGUACCAGACAUUUGGCAUCGUUGUUUGUCAACCCAGAGGUUGUCGAGCAUGACGGUGGACAUUUCACACCCAACAAGUGGCCAAACAAAACAAUAAGAGAGUUCCUCUUGAAACAGAAUGGAAUCGACAAUGAACAGCAACAACCAUUGGAACAGGAGGAUGCUUCGGUCAAUGAGUUGCUGACUAGCAAAUACAUUGAACAGCUGAAUCCUUUGGAUGAAUUGGAAGGAUUCAAUGAGAUAAUGUCAGUUUCUCUCAGAGUAAAAGGAACUCAAAACUAUUCAAACAAAGAUCAAGUCUUGAAACUAUAUGGUCUAUCAGAGAACACUCGUCAACUCUUGUUGAAUUCACCUGCUUUCAAGUCGAUAUUGGAUAAUGAAUUGCCAACCAUCAAAAGAGAUGAAGUUCAUUAUGAUUCAUUGGCAAAGUUGUUGAGAGAAUCUGGAAACAACAACGAUACUGAAAAAUUAGUUGAUGAACUAUUAGCAGUUGCUUGGUCCGUUCGUUAUAACUUCAAAUCUGCUGAACCAAGAGAAUUCUCAUUGUUCUAUUAUCUCUGGUUACAUCUCUAUCUUGAGAAACCAGAGUUGCUACUCACGAAAUUGGAAAAAUUCCAUCUGUUUGGAUCGUGGAGAGAUAUCUCGACUCUUGUCUAUUGGGGUUCAAAGUUGUCUGACCAAUUGGCAAACACUCCAGAUGCUAUUAAUGAGCUGAAAAUCGACUUGUUGAAACAACUUCGUAAGGCUGUCAUUGUGAUGCUCGCUGAACAGCUAAAGAAGGACUUCGACUUGGCAUUUGGUGAAACUAUCCAAGUGAGCUGCUGGCCAUCCGUUUGUGCUUUGGAGGCACCGAGAUUGGGUGGUGGAAGAAAAGGUUACUCUUCGAUGCUCGCAAAGGAAAUCUCGAGAUACAUGAAUCCAAUCGUGUUGCCAGCCGAUGCCGAUGAAGAGCGUAUUCGUUCCGUUAAAGGACAUUGCUAUGAGAAGUAUCGUUCUCUAGUCUCCAAGUUGUCUUCGCUCCUGAGAAAUACUGCACCUGGAAAAGUUGACUACAAUGUCAUUCUCUCGGAUAAAGCAAACUUUAACAGCGGUGGUGCCAUCAAUAUGACCGAUGAAGAUAGAUCCAAGAUCAUGGAAACCAAAUCGGACUUUGUGUUGAAUCCAAUUCCCGAGCCUGUAUUCCCUUGCUCGCGUGAGGAGUUGGAGCCACUCCUUGAGUUUAUGAAUGCCGACAAACCACUGCAUCACGAGUCGCCAAUGCGAUUCACUCGUGGUACUUGCAUGCCAGAUGGUCGUUUGGAUCUGUGCAAGCAAGUCGUUGGACCAGAGGGUAUCAAACCAUUGUUGGGUGCAAUGGCAAAGAGCUCAUCCAUCAAGAGAUUGCUGCUUGGUAAUAAUAUCGUUGGUAAUCAGGGUGGUUGGGAGAUUGCAAACUACAUCAAGUAUAAUAAGGAUUCAAAGAUUGAUACUUGGUAUAUUGCUGGUAAUGAAUUCGACGUGGAGGGAAUCACUCCGAUUGCAGAAGCAUUGGAGACUGACAACAAGGUGAAAGCUCUCUGGUUGAAGCGUAAUCCGUUGUUGACUGCUGGUUGUAGACCGCUCGCAGCUAUGCUCGAGAAGAACAGCUAUCUUCAAAUACUUGAUGUCUUGAAUUGCGGUAUUCUAGACGAAGGUGUUGAGAUUCUCUUUGGUGCACUGCAGCACAAUUCGACUUUGAGACAUCUGUACAUCGAUACGAAUGGACUCACACCGAAAUCCGCUACCACUGUUCGUAAGCACUUGGAGACCGGUCUUAAUAAGCUAGAGACAAUCUAUAUGUCGUGUAAUCAUCUUGGUGAUGCCGGUGCUUCCGAGUUGGCAGCAGGUCUACUGGGUGACAAGACUCUUCUAAGAUUGGGUCUCAGCUCCAAUUGUAUUGGACCUGCUGGUACCAAGGAGUUGGUCGAUGCAGUCAUCAAACAUCCAUCGUUGUUGGAGUUGAAUUUGGGUUUCAAGAGAGGAACAUUCUUGCUUGGUUCUCUCAAUAAUAUUCUUGGUGACGAAGGUGCCAACGAAAUUGCAAGAUUGAUUCGUGCCAACACUCAGAUUCGUUCGAUUGAUUUGACACACAAUAGCAUCUCACAAAAGGGUAUCUCUGCACUCAGAGAAGCAUUGAAGACCAACAACAUCCUCACAUCAAUGGAUCUAAUGCAAUUCUCAAUGGUUCACAAUGAAGUGGCCAGAGAGGACAUCAACGCCAUGCUCUCACGUAAUCGUUUGUUGUGGGGUAAACAAGAACUCACCAACAGAGAACAACAAUCAGGUGCUCAACAUAUCACAAAUGUCGAAGAUCAAUGGAUAGUUCUUGGUAAUAAACUAGCAGAGGAAGUUCAUACCCCAGAGCAUAUGAAUGAAAUUCUAUCAGUCUAUAGAACGAAAUAA